AGGGCGCGUGCAUUGGGGGGUGGUCACGUGGUCUGUGCUGCUGGGGGAGCCCUGGGGGGUCGCUAACUGCCCCUUGCUGCCCACAGGAGGCGAUGGAGGAGGAGGAGGGCAGUCCUGCUGCUGCCCCGGCAGAGGGUCCUGCGGGGGACAUGUACAGCUACAUCAAGGAGGACCUGUUCACCUCGGAGAUCUACAAGGUGGAGAUCCAGAACCUGCCCAAGUACAUCGGCUUCAACGAUGUGAAGAAGUUCCUGGCCAAGUACGGACUGGCCCCACACAAGAUCAAGCUGUUUGGCAAGCAGACCUUCGCCUUCGUCACCUUCAAGAGCGAGGAGGAACGGGACCGGGCCCUGCGCAUCCUCCACGGGACCCUGUGGAAAAACCGCCCCUUGAGUGUGAGGUUGGCCAAGCCCAAAGCUGACCCCAUUGCCAAGAAGAGGAAGAAGGAGGGCGAGGAGACAGAGCAGGACCAGGCCAAGCGCCGGGCUGUGGCCAGCGACAAUGGGGAGGAAGAGCCUCCGGGCAGGCGGAUCGCGGAUGUGGUGACCCCUCUGUGGAAAGUGCCCUACGAGGAACAGCUGGUAAAGAAGAAACAAGAGUGCGAACAAGUGCUGCAGAAACUAACCAAGGAAAUAGGAAACAACAACAAAGCACUGUUACCUUGGCUGUUUGUGCAGAAGCAGAAGUAUAAUAAAAUCUGUUGCCCAGUAGAGGGAGUAAAAGCAUCACCAUUACAGACUGAGUACCGCAACAAAUGUGAAUUUUUGAUCGGCGUAGGUGUAAACCAAGAAGACAAAACUGUGGGCUGUCGCCUUGGCAAAUACAAGGGUGGAACUUGUGCUGUAGUGGAACCGUUUGACACUAUUCACAUUCCUGCUCUUGCCAAAAAGGUAGUGAAAGCCUUUCAAGACUACAUAAGGUCAACCCAUUACUCAGUUUACAGCCCAGAAACCUAUGAAGGUCACUGGAAGCAGCUCACAGUCCGUACCAGCAGCGAUGGCCAUAUUAUGGCAAUAGCUUAUUUCAAUCCUCAGAAAUUAAGUAAAGAAGAGCUUGCUGAGUUGAAAGCAUCUCUGGCAAAGUACUUUACAGAAGGGACCGGAAAGGACAGUGGGGUAACCUCUCUGUACUUUGUAGAGGAGGGUCAGAGAAAAUCUCCCAAUCGUGAAGACUUGCCCUUAGAUCACGUGGCUGGUGAUAAGUACAUAUAUGAAGAACUUCUUGGUCUAAAGUUUAGAAUUUCUCCCCAUGCAUUUUUCCAAGUAAAUACCCAGGCUGCAGAGGUUUUAUAUACAGCCAUUAGAGACUGGGCUCAGCUGACCCAAGAUAGCACUGUACUUGACAUCUGCUGUGGAACAGGAACCAUAGGACUUUCGUUGGCAAAGAAAGUAAAGAAAGUGAUUGGAAUUGAGCUCUGUCAAGAAGCUGUGGAGGAUGCCAAAGUGAAUGCCCAGAUUAAUGAACUAACUAAUGUUGAAUUUCACUGUGGAAAAGCUGAAGACAUUGUUCCUUCUUUAAUUAACUUACUGGCUUCACAAAACCUGAUUACAGUUGUGGAUCCACCACGAGCUGGGCUACAUUCCAAGGUGAUUCUUGCAAUCCGGAGGGCUGAACACCUGAAGAAACUCAUUUAUGUAUCCUGCAAUCCUAGAGCUGCCAUGAAUAACUUUGUGGACCUUUGUCGAGCUCCCUCCAAUCGUGUGAAAGGAAGCCCUUUCCGUCCCAUUAAAGCAAUGGCUGUAGACCUGUUUCCUCAGACUAUGCAUUGUGAACUGCUGCUAUUUUUUGAAAGAGUAGAAUAUUCAAAUGGAAAUUCUGCUGAACCUACUCCAGACUCAGCUCUCAUCAAAAACACAGGGGACGAUUCUAUGCAAAAGGACACCGCUGACCAAACUGAUGAGGAGAAACUACAAACUCUACCUUCAGCUUAAUGUUGACAGGCUGGACAGUGUGUCUGCCUACGUAUAUGUUAUUCAUAAAGACAGACAACUAACUUGAUCUGUUGCUAUCUGCAUAAGUAACACUUCUCAGAAAAAGUGAAAGAAUGCUGCUAUUUGAAACACCUGCACUAGCCCUAUAGGACUUAUUUUUUCUGUACAGCAUACCAGUCACCUAGCUUCCAAAUAGAUGAAUGUUUAGAUUGAAUGCAUCUUUAAUUCAACAAAUGAAGAUGAAUUUGAUCUUCGUAAGAUACUAAAAAACCUAGUUCUUGAGGAAAUUAAGCUUAUUACAUAAAUCAACUUUUUCUCUACCCCUCCCCCCAGCCCCCCACUCAUGAGCAAGUUGGCUUUGAGACAGUGGGACAGCCUGCAUGAGUGGAAGAAACGAUCAUGACUUCACCCUUAAAAGCAUGCUGAAAUAUACAGAAGUAAGAUUUUUAAUUCUUAAGUUCUGUCCAAUUUAAUAACAAGGCCUUCUAAUACACGGACAUUUGCCAGAAACUCGGAUUGAGUGAAUGUUUUAUUUUUCUAAAGCCACAGGAAUGUUAUAAGUUUGAAAAUGUUAUGGUCAGGGUAAGAGUGAACAUCUAUUAACAAUAAGCUAAUUCUGUUAAGACAUGUUUUGGCUCAUGGACUGACUUCAAAUAAACUGCUCUAAAUGU